GAUUAUGUAACGAAGAGAGAGCUAAUACUUCUAGAAAAAAUAUUUUUGCAAAACGUAUUGUAUCUUGGACAGAAAAAUAUCAUAGCUUGGAAAAUUAAUUUUCCGAGAACAGAAUUGCAAGAUUUAAUUAAAUCUGUAAAUUAGGGGAUUACAAUUAGGGGACAAUAUUUCGUUUGGCAAAGUUUGAAUUUUACCAAAACUAAAUGAGAUUGUUGUUGGUGUUUCGGAAGAAAUUUGUUUUGCUUGUUACAGUUUCAUUAAAAAAUAACACUGCCAUAAUAUUGUCUUUUUCUCAAGACGUAAUAUAAGAAUUUUGUCGAGAAAGAAAACGAUCGAUAAAUAUCGCAUCGCGAUCAGAAGAAAAACGCGAUCGUGCGCAAUUUCACUCGGGGGAGCACAUGUGGGAAUACACGUGUGACACUUUCGAAAGAUUCGCUCAUCCCUCACAUUUUAGAUAUUGAUUUCGAGAGCUGCACGCGCGCUCGAGUCAGAAUCGUCAGAAGUCUGGUUCGCUAAAUGCUAUUGAAUACAAUAUAUAAUGGAGAUCAAGCAGGUUUUUCUGAAAAAACGCACGGAAUUCGGCAAGCAGUGCAUCUUCGACAUAUGCGGCCCGCAAUUGGACGAGGAGAUCAAGCCGGAUCCCGACGCUAUGGCUCAUUACAUUUUAAAGUCUCACCGCAACGUCGGCGUGCAGCACACCAAACAGUUCGCCUUGCACGAGGCUCAAACUGUCGGCAGCCAAACGAAGAACAGUGGAAUGUUUCACUUCGAGGGUGGUUGGCCGAAGGAAAUCAAUCCGAAGGACGAGGAAACUACAGCGAGGUUUCGCAGACGAAUCGAGAAGGGCGACGAUUGGGCGUCGAAAUUGCAGAACUUAUUUCAAGAAAUGGAGCACAAUAUUCUUCAAAACGGGGCACUUAAUAUAUAUGAACACUAUUUCGACGAAAUGAUUCCCACAGAACUAGUGAAACUUCGUAGUCUCAGAUCUGGAUUCAGCAAAAUUGUUCUUUCCGUGUAACAAAUGAGGGCUUGUAUAUAAUUCACGGAUACCUCAAACACGGAUUGAUUUGUUAACGUGGAGCACAAUACGUAGUGAGAAGUGUGAAAUAUUCAUGUUAAAAAAGUUUUCUUGACAUAAUGGCUGUAAUCGUAAAAUAAAUAUGGACAUAUCAUAAAACAAUAAUUCAACGAAUUAAAGGGAUCUGAAUAGAUUAAAGUUUUCAUUAUCACACGGCACAUCGAUACCGGAGCACGGAGCUACGUGUGAUUUCAGAUGAACAAUUUUAAAAUGUAUAUAUUCGUGGAGGACAAGAACGACUACGUUGGUUCGGCCAUCAAAAGAUUUAAAAUUUAAACCCGGGCCGAGCCCGAAGGUA